UGGAGGCGCAGCACGCGGGCCGGCACAGCACGCCGGCUCUGCUCCGGCGUGUGGAUUAAAGUAAAAAAAAAAAAGGCGUUUCUUCAGUGUUCCACGGCGGCGCGCCUCAAUCCCCUCCGGUCUCUCACCCCGACACCGGCGGCAACGGCGGCCUUCAAGUUCCGGCCGGUGUCGGAGACGAAACGGCCUAUAUAUAGAUGGAGGAGAGGGCGGAGGAGAUCUGAGCAAGCCGAGGUCGAGCGCGCGCGAUGGGGAAAAAGCUACCCCCUUCUACUCCGACGGCGGGAAGGCGGCGCAAAGGUCCCUCCUUGGCCCCGCUCUCCGCCUGCAAGCGCCGGCGGACCCAUGAGGCAAGCGGCUGGGCUUCCCUCCCCACCGAUGUGGUUCACCUCGUCACCAGCCGCCUGCUGGCCGGCGACGUGGUGGACUACAUCGUCUUCCGGGCCGUCUGCUCCGGCUGGCGCAGCUGCACGAGCGACGCGCGCGACCCCACGCUGAGCAAACCGGACCUCUGGCCGCGCGGCUGGGUCGCCCUCUGCGACGGCGACGGGGUACGCCCGGACGACGCCGGCGAGAUCGGCUUCUUCCACACGCGGACGGCCAGGCGCCUCCGCGUCCGCCUGCCGGAGCUCCGGCGCCACAGGAUCGUCGGUUUCACCCAGGGACUGAUCAUUCUUCUGAACAAACGCACCGCCGCCGUCCGGGUGCUGCAUCCCUUCACACGGGUCGUGGUCGACCUCCCGUCCCUCGUCCCUGUGUUCCACGACGCCGUCAGGAACCGGAACUCUCUGCUUGACAUGAAUGCCGCGGUCUGCAGCGCGUCCGCGACCUCCAUUGCCGUGGUGGCAUGGUUCCCGUGGACACAUGUGGUGAUCGGCGCCGAGGCUGGCCGCCCAACUUGGGAGGUCCUCCACCGAGGGCUUUUCCUUAGGAGCAUCCUGCCCUUCCAAGGAAGGCUUUACGCGACAGUCGGCGAGGGUGGCUCAAGGAAGAUCAUGCAGCUGUAUCCGAGAUCACCACAUCCUGUGCUUGCUCAUGUUCCAAAUAAUUUUGGUGAUCCGAGCCUAUGCAGCUACUUCCUCGUGGAGUCUGGUGGGCGAGUGCUGCUUGCCAUCCGCCAUUUAACUGCACAACAUUGUGGCGUGGACCCCUUCCAGCAAAAUGCCUAUAAGCUAUUUGCGUUGGACAUCGACCGCGGUGAGCUGAUCCCAGUGAACUGCCUCGGUGGCCGCGCGCUGUUCCUCAGCAGGGAUCGGUCCCUCUCUGUUUCAGCCAGGGACCUCCCUUCUGUGAACAGCAACUCCAUUUACUUCUCUUUGCGCCGUGACCCUGUUGUGGUGCACUCCAUAAGGACAGGUUUCUCUGAGCGGCUAGCAGUGACAUGCCAAAUACAUGAUGGGAAGGAUAGGAUCCGACCCUCCGUGCGCCCCUUCACCAUUGCUGACCAUCUUCUAACCUACUGCCAUCCUCAUGAGUGGACAAAAGGACUCAUGUUUCAUGAGUACCACUCCAUACCUGAAUCUUUUGAGGAAUUGACGAAGAACAUCAAGGCAAAAAAUUCCGAACUACGGAUUCCUCGCAUUGCGGCUCGUUGAUUGGAAGGAAGAAACAGGGCCACAGCACUUCACACUAGCCAGUGAAUAAUGCCAAUAGACAGUUGAUGCAUAUUUCCCUUGCUGGCUCAGUUGGGAUCUUUGUGUGGCUAGGUCAAUUCAUUGGUGGCUCCCAACGCAACGCGCACGAAUCUUUUGAAUUUGGUUAGGCAGCAGUUUGUCUGUGCUACACAUAUAGUGGUGGUUCAUAUCUGAGGUCUGGCAAAUAGAUUGGAUCCGUCAAACAUGGGCUCAUUGCACCCUAAGGAUAUACACAAUGUGAUAAUUAUCGGAUUUACUUCCCCUUUAAUCUGCAUGCUGUUUAGGAUCAAAUUGCAUAUGAUGUUUGUACUUGAAUGAGGCAACUUGCGAUUAGCAGAAUCCUACUAAUGUCUCUGUUAUCAGCAUUUAUGGCCUUAUUUUGAUGUUUUUAAACCAUAUAUGAUUGAAGAGCCUUAUCUUUUUC